CAAAGGCAACAGGUUGUCCAUAGGGAAUUUUCCUUGCUGUCAAUAUUGGAGGUAAACUAAUCGUACUUCUAAUUUCGGAAGUGUUUGGAGUAUAUUCUUGGAAAAACAGUGAUAUUAAAAAGACCUUCUGUACUUCCGAGUGGCGACUUUUGCAGUCGGAAUUCACCGGUAAUCUCACAGGAAGUAGACAUGAGCUCCCUCAGCGCAGACCGGAAGCCCCCUCUGGACUACGGCGUCCAAAUCCGCUUCAUCAAAGACCUGGACGACACGGGCGGGGGCUACGGCGAACGCGGCAGGGCCAAUGGCGGCAGGGCCAACGGCGGCAGGGCCAAUGGCGCCGGCGCCGGCACCGGCGGAGGGGGGGCAGGGGCGGCCGUCACCCCUCCCUCGUCGCGGUACGGCGUGGCGGUGCGCGUGCAGGGCAUCUCCGGUCAGCCGUACGUGGUGCUGAAGGACGGAGAGAAGGGCGACUCGUACGGCGUGCAGCUCAAGAGCCACCCCCAGGCCCUGAGCCCCGUGCCCCCGGGCAGCGGCGGAGGAGGAGGAGGAGGAGGAGGGGGGUCGUUGUCCAGCCGCAGCUCCCCGCUACCCAGCCUGCCCAGCAUCUCCAGCCCCCGGCCGUCCCCGGACCCCCGGUCGCUCUCCGCCACGCCCAGCUCCCCGGAGGAGGAGCCCGUGGGCCGGUUCGGCAGCCCGUCCAGACGGCCCCCCGGAGACGGGCAGGCGGUGGGCCAGGGCGAGGCCCUCGAGGAGCGGACGAUGGAGACUCCGCUGCGCCCUGCUGCGUCGGCGCCGCGCCGUCCACCGGCGGUGACCAAUGGGGUGGAGAGCAAAAGCCUGGAAGGGCUGACGGAGGGCGGGCUUAAGAAGGUGGGGCUGAAGGGGAUUGGACGAGAGGACCAGGACUCCUUCCCAGAGCCGCCUCCCCCCGUGGCCUUUGAGGAAGAGCCGGUGCAGGCCAUCGACACCAAGUCGCUGGCCCCCAUCAACAAGCUCAUCAGUAGAUUCAAUGCUACCGAACCGGCCUCCACGCCGCCUGCCACUACCGCUAGCGGCGCUAGCCAGACUCAGCCACGGGGGCGCUCGGGCGCCAGGGUGCGGCUCCGCUUCGACGAGAGGCGCCGCUCGCGCAGCCUGGACUCGCGGAAAGACCUGGACGAAGACAGCAGGCCCCGCAAGUCCCCGUCCCCGACCUUUAACCCCUACGGCCCCUCCCUCGUCUCGUCCUCGUCCUCGUCCUCUCUCGCCUCCAACCCGCCCUACAACAGCCUGGGCCGCAAGUCCGCCACGGUCGCCAAGGCAACACCUGUCUCCGCCCCCAAACCAGUGCCCUUCUCUCAGCCUCGGAAACCGCCGGUGAUUCCAAAAAAGCCAAUGACCCCUGACCUCCUGCGGAACAGGACCCACAGUCUGGAGCUGACCAAUGGGGAAGAGUUGGACAGCAAACAGACCAUCCUCAGCAUCCUUAAAGAGGGCUCCACGGAGAGUGAGGCGUCCCUGAAGCGUAAAGCUGCCCUGAUCCAGGAGAGGCUGGGUGGGGUCAAGAGUUCCUCCACUGAAGCUGAACUGGAGAACGAACGUCUGAAGCAGCAACUGGAACAGAGCCAGAAAGACCUCCAGCAGGCCAAUAAACAAUUGGCUGCCGCGAGGAGGGAACAGGAAGGGGCGGAGUCUCGGCUGCAGCAGCAGGAGGAUCAGCUGGCCCAGCUACAGGAGGAGCUGAGAGGAGUCUCCGAAAACACACCUCACACAGAGACGCUUCAGACGGAGUUAGUGUCGGUGCAGGCGGAACUGUCCGAUGCGGCCAUGCAGCGGCAGCGGCUGGAGGAGUCGCUACGGCAACGGGAGCGUGAGCUGACCGCCCUGAAGGGGGCGCUGAAGGACGAGGUGGCGUCUCACGACCGCGAGAUGGAGGCCCUCAAGGAGCAGUACAGCCAGGACCUGGACACACUCCGCCAGAGCAUGGAGAACGUGUCUCAGACCCAGCAGGAGAUGGAGGAUGAGAGGGAGCGAGUGAACAGCUCAGUGAUGGCUCUGGAGGAGGAGCUGGAGGGCAGCGUGGCCAAGGAGCAGCACUGGAGGACGCAGCUGCACUCCACCUCGCAGGAAGGGGUUGGUCAGCGCAGAGUGCCUAGAACACUGCAUAAGGUGCAGGAGGAGAAGAAGGAGAUGGAGGAACGACUGAAACAGAUGUCCGUGUCGGAAGAGAAGAGCACUCUGCUGCAGGAGCUGCAGAGCUGCCGUGGCGACCUGAAGCGCGUUGAAGCAGAGCUGGACCAGCAGAGGGCGGAGUCGGCGAGGAAAGAGGAGGAGCUUAGGGCCACCAGGACAACCAGUGAGGAGCGGGAGGAGAAGCUGAAAGCUGAGAUUGACAGCUGGAAAGAGCAAUCACAGAAGAACCUGGAGGAGCUGGAAAAGGCACUAGAGAAGGCCAAGCAGACCCCGGUCAGCUCCUCCCCGGACCUGGGCGCCAGCCUGGAGCUGCAGGAGGCCAACACACGCCUCAGAGAGAGACUGGCCCGCAUGUCGCGUCUCCACUCCACCUCGGGCGGCGGCAGCUCGGAGGCGGAGCAGGCCCUGGAGGAGGAGAACCGGAGCCUGCGCGGGCAGCUGGAGGAGGCCCGGCGAGGAGCCUCCCGCGCGGGGCAGGAGCGGGACGAGCUGAGCCGGCGGCUGGAGGAGCGCGAGCGCGAGAGGGAGGUGCUGCGCCGGGGCAAGAGCGACCUGGAGGAGCAGAAGAGGCUGCUGGACCGCGCUCUGGAGAAGAUUAACAAGGAGAUGGAGCUGAUGAUGGGGGACUCGCGCCAGUCGGUGCAGACGCUGCAGUCCCAGCUGGACGAGUUCAGGGAUCGCUCGCGGAGAGACCUGCAGGACGCACAGCGCCUCAGCAAGGACCGACUCACCGAGCUGCAGAGAGCACAGGCCUCCAACAAGAGCCUACAGGAGGAGGUGUCUCGUCUGAAGCGGGAGCUGCUGACCAGUGCAGAGGAGCGGGACAGCGCUCAGCUCGACCGGGACGUGAUGGCCGGCCGCCUCAAGCACCUGGAGAGCGAGCUGGAGUCGGAGAAGGGUUCCCAUAGCGACCGCGGACGAGAGAUACGCAGCCUAGAGGAUAAAGUAAAGAGUCUGGGAAUUGAGCUGGAUGAGGAGAAGACUGGCACUGAGCUCCUGAAUGAUCGCAUCGCCCGCAGCAGGGAGCAGGUUGAUCAGCUGCGUGCUGAUCUGAUGCAGGAGCGUUCGGCACGGCACGAUCUGGAGAUGGACAAGAGCGCCAUAGAGAGACAGGUGAAGGAGCUGAAGUCUCGUGUGGCGGAUAUGGAGGGCCAGAGUCGUCCCUCUGCUGGACACGCUCUUCUGGAGGCCAAAGUGCAGGAGCAGGAGGAACGGCUACGCAGUGAGGAGAGGGAGAAAGCCAGCAUCCAGGCCUCUCAGAGGAGGAUGGAGAGGAAGCUUAAGGAGGUGAACGCAACACUGGACCAGGAGCGACACAUUCAUGCAGAACAGAGAGAUCAGCUGCUGCUGCGUGUGAAGGCGCUGAAGCGUCAGAUGGACGAGAGCGAGGGGGAGGUGGAGCGGCUGGAGAACGUGCGCAGGAAGAUCCUCAGGGAGCUGGAGGAGCAGCAGGAGCUGCACGAGGCCCUCAAGACCAAAGUCACCACCCUGGAGGGAGAGCUCAAGAGGAAGGGGCAGCAGUCUCGACGGCCGACUCUGGGCACCUCCACUCUCAGCUCAGACGAGGAGGACGGUUACUACGACAACAACAGCAUCUCCUCCAUCCUGACGGAGUCGCAGCUUCAGACCACCAACUGCUAGAGAGGACCAGCACCGUCUCAUCACCUGAUCUGCUCCAGGGGUUUGGACAAAGAGACUUGGUGCUCAGGAGAGGCUGACUUGAUCUACCUGAGAUGGAGGACAGACAGAGGGGAGGAAUUCUAACGGACAGGUGGAAAAGACAAAAGCAUAAACAGCUCUGUUAUUAUUAUUUUUUUUUUCCAAAGUUCAAAGGUGAGUGUCCAAAUGAAAAAGGACCUGAAGAGUGAAGAACUGCCAAGUGCUCUUCAUCUCCCUCAUGCCACACAGCUCGAGUGAACUUUGACCUCUACGCAUAGACCCUGCUUUUCUCCCAUAAUGCUCUUGGAGUGGAGUGCUGUGGUUUCACUCGUGUCUUUGACAGCUCGAGCUCCAGGAGGUCUUCACCGGACAGUUUUCACGUCACAAUCUGCUGAAAGAGAUUAUUGACUUUUGUCUCCUUUUCACUCUAUUGAUGGAGAUGUUCCAGAAUGUAGAAUACGUUAUAUGAUACUACCGAUAUGUUUCACUCUUCCGAUAUUAUUUAGAUUAUGUUGCAUGACCUACUGUAACCAUAAGCUUUAAACACAUGUGGACUAUCAGAAACACUGCCGUGGUGGAGGCCCUUGAGCCAGAACCUGCAAAUAGUACUUUGUUAUGUUCUUUUAUAUAUUUAUAUGUUACUACAGGAUGUUUUCCUCUUUGCUCUGAAAUUUGUUGACCAAAAAACAUUCUGAUUCAGAAUGCAAAUAUGGUUUCGUCACUCUUUUAUCCACACCUGAGUUUGUGGGAAACCAGUUUCCUGUGCAUGUCCUAGUUUCCUCCGUUGGUGAGAGACAGGUGUUGCGUGUGUGGUGGGUCGGUCGGUGUGUUUGCCUGCAGCGUGAAUGUGUGAACUGUGUGAUGUGAUGUCUGUUGAAAAAUGAGUUCUAUAAUCAAACAUCUCAUUUGCCUGUUGAAUCCGGCUUAUUUGCUUUGGGUGGUGAAAGGGAAGUUGUGAAGGCUGACUCUGGAACGUUUUGUACGCUUAGAGCUGUUCAAGCUAUAACUAUAUCAUAGAGGUUGGUGUUUUACACACCACCUGAAGAAAUGUUCCUUACAAGACAUCUGUUUUUAUCCUUCAUACUGGAAAAAAGUAUUUUUAUUACACUUUGACACAUGUAGCAUACUAUUUAUACUGGGAAAACUAAGGCAAAUCAGCAGACAUUACUUAAAAAGCUAAUUUAAUUAGCUAAAUAGUCAACACUUUUAACCAACAGCAGUCAUAUCUAUUUAACAAAUGAAAUAAGAUUCUACUGUAAGUGAAAGAUUUUAACCAUUUUAGAGAAUUGUAUGAGUUUCCAAUUCAUGUGGAUAUGACUACAUGUACGUAUAAGAGUAAAGAGUCCUCUACAUGUUUACUGUAGGCACAGUGCUGGCUGUAAUUUAAUCUCUCUCCCUCUCUCUCUCUCUCCCCUCCCUUUCUCUCUCUCUCCCCUCCCUUUCUCUCUCUCUCUCCCUCUCUCCCUCUACGGGUUGAUUGCAGAGAUUUAUGAGAAGGGUUAAAGGCCAGAAUCAGGCAGCCUGUAAUUUCACGUUCAGCCUGUGGAGGAAGUACUGUAUGCCACAAUUAGAGAUUUUCAGCCUAGAAACCGUGAGUCUGAAAGCUGGAAUGAGGUUGGGUUGCAAACACUCCUUGUUUAUAUUUCUGAGAUGUACUUGCUUGGUUUUAUUUUGAGAUAUGAUUUUCAUGUAAAUGUACAUGUACAUGUGUUGUUGGUAUAAGUGAAGGAUUUAAUUGUGCCCAUGUGUUGGUGGGCUUACUGUCUUAAUAUCGGACCUGAAGUGAUCCUUAGCCCUUUUUGUCUUUAACUUCCUGCACCGUUAGGUUCCUAUUUGUCCAAUUUCUGCCUAGUUUUUCAGAUUACCUGAUUUCCUCAACACCCAAAGUGUGUGUGUGAGUGUGUGUGUGUGUGUGUUUGUAUUUGUGUAUUUACUGAUGAUUCAAAAGCAUAAAAGCACACACAUAAUGUUUUAAAAUCCAUUGAGGCUUUUAUCCGUGAGAGCAUUGAACAUACUUCAACACACACCCCCACUGCAGCAUUCAGAUUUGGCAACUUUCUCAAAUUAAUCAUUUUUAUAUUUGUGUGUGCGAGAUAUCAUUUUUUCGCAACAAAAAUAAGAAAAAAACAGCUGACCUGGGUCAGGCCUCUUCCUGUGUCUGUGGGUUAAGGUCUGGCUCUGCUGGGAAUCGGAUUCUUAAUGCCGUUUCACUAGGCAUCCAAACCAUCAUCUCAUAUUUCUUUAUUGUCUCAACUGAUGUGAAAGUGUCUACCUAUGCUUCCUAGUGAUUUGUACAGUGGCUUCUGUUUUCUCAGACUGUGACUUUUGGAGGAAAAAAAAGAAGUUGCAUGUGUGAUGUUUUAAGAAAAUGAUUGUAAAUCUAUCCUCAGCAGUACUCUUACAGAAAUUUCAGAUUUCAGGACAGUUGCCGCAAAUUUGAAAAGGUCAUUUUUUUCACAUGCAAAUUUGGUAUCUGGUAAACAGUUGCAGUUAACUUUGCAGCAAUGCCAUAUGCAAAUUGGGUUUGUCACCAGAAAUUCACUGUAAGUUUGCCAUUAUUGCUAAAGUCUGGCAAAUAUUUUUGGUGAACGAUCUUUUAUCCCAACAAAUCACCUACAAAUUUGCUGCAAAUCUGCCACAAACAUUUACAUUUUGUAAGGGUAAUCUUUUUUGAUAUCUCAGAAUUAAAUUUUGCACAAGUCUUCUCAC